AUGCUGGUCAACGUUGAUGCACAACUGCGUCACACCCCACAUGCGCAGAUCCUGAAUAUCUCGGGCAUAUCAAGGCGUCCGAAGGACAAAGCUGUGCGCAAUGCCCAAUCUGGCGCACCGGGAACACAGGGCGCCGCCGGCGGACGACCAAAAAAGGCCACGUUUGAAGCAACCAAAAAGAAGGAGAUCGGAGUAUCAGACCUGACCUUGCUGAGCAAGGUCUCUAACGAAGCUAUCAAUGAUAACCUGAAGAAGCGAUUCGAGGGUGCAGAGAUAUACACAUACAUUGGACAUGUGCUUGUCUCCGUGAACCCAUUUCGUGAUCUCGGCAUUUAUACCGACCAUGUCCUCGAAAGUUACAAGGGAAAAAAUCGCUUAGAGAUGCCCCCGCACGUCUUCGCGAUCGCCGAAUCCGCCUAUUAUAAUAUGAAAGCUUAUAAUGACAACCAGUGUGUCAUUAUUUCCGGGGAAUCUGGGGCUGGUAAAACCGAGGCCGCCAAGCGCAUUAUGCAAUAUAUUGCGAAUGUGUCUGGAGAACAGUCAGGAGAUAUCAAGAAAAUUAAAGAAAUGGUUCUUGCGACCAACCCUCUACUAGAGUCGUUUGGAAAUGCAAAAACACUGCGGAACAACAACUCUUCGAGAUUCGGCAAGUAUUUGCAAAUCUACUUCAACUCCACUGGCGAGCCGGUUGGCGCCGAUAUCACGAAUUAUCUACUCGAAAAGUCUCGUGUUGUUGGCCAGAUUACAAACGAAAGAAACUUUCACAUCUUCUACCAGUUCACGAAAGGUGCUUCAAGGCAAUACCAAGAGCUCUUCGGUAUUCAAAAACCAGAGACAUAUGCAUACACGAGCCGAUCCAAAUGCUUCGAUGUCGAUGGGAUCGAUGACAUUGCCGAUUUCCAAGACACGAUCAAUGCGAUGAAGAUAAUUGGUCUCAGUCAAACCGAACAAGAUGAGAUAUUUCGCAUGCUGGCUGCCAUCCUAUGGAUUGGCAAUAUCCAGUUCCGCGAAGAUGACACUGGAUAUGCUGCUGUCACUGACCAGUCAGUCGUGGAUUUUGUCGCAUACCUGAUGGAGGUGACACCGGACCAACUGAUCCAUGCCAUCACUAUUCGAAUUCUCACGCCGCGCAAUGGCGAAGUCAUCGAGUCCCCCAGCAACCCAGCACAGGCAACUGCUACCCGUGACGCCUUGGCUAAAGCUAUUUACAACAAUCUGUUUGAUUGGAUCGUGGAGCGAAUCAACAAGUCUCUGAAAUCGAGACAAGAUACAGCGAACACCAUUGGCAUCUUGGAUAUCUACGGAUUUGAAAUAUUUGAAAAGAAUAGUUUCGAGCAGCUCUGCAUCAAUUAUGUCAAUGAAAAGCUUCAGCAGAUCUUCAUCCAGCUCACACUGAAGACGGAGCAGGAAGAAUAUGCACGUGAGAAGAUCCAGUGGACACCAAUCAAAUAUUUCGAUAAUAAAGUCGUCUGUGAAUUGAUUGAACAGAUCAGGCCCCCUGGAAUCUUCUCUGCAAUGAAAGAUGCGACCAAGACAGCACAUGCCGACCCUGCCGCUUGUGACAGAACAUUUAUGCAGAGCAUCAAUGGCAUGUCACAUGCUCACCUGACCCCUCGACAGGGAAGCUUCAUCGUUAAGCACUAUGCAGGAGAUGUCUCUUAUACUGUGGACGGCAUCACCGACAAGAACAAAGAUCAAUUAUUGAAGGGACUCCUUAAUCUCUUCCAACACAGCGGCAAUCAAUUCGUACACACCCUUUUCCCCCACCAAGUUGACCAAGAUAAUAGAAGACAGCCGCCCUCCGCAGGAGAUAGAAUUCGUACCUCUGCAAAUGCGUUGGUAGACACAUUGAUGAAAUGUCAGCCGUCAUAUAUCCGAACGAUCAAACCGAAUGAGAAUAAGUCGCCCAGCGAAUACAACAGUCCCAAUGUUCUUCAUCAGGUCAAAUAUCUGGGCCUACAAGAGAAUGUUCGUAUACGGCGAGCUGGUUUCGCGUAUCGUCAAUCCUUUGACAAGUUUGUCGAACGGUUUUUCCUGUUAUCACCGGCUACAUCUUAUGCUGGCGAGUACACGUGGCAAGGCUCGACAGAAGAAGCUGUAAAGCAGAUUCUGAAGGACACCAGCAUUCCCAAAGAGGAGUGGCAACUUGGCGUGACUAAGGCAUUCAUCAAAUCACCAGAGACUCUAUUUGCCUUGGAGCACAUGCGUGAUAGGUAUUGGCAUAACAUGGCCACUCGUAUUCAGAGAAUGUGGCGUGCAUACCUAGCUUACCGUGCUGAAUCUGCAACCCGCAUUCAACGAAUGUGGCGGAAGAAACGAACAGGAGCCGAGUAUCUGCAACUUCGAGAUCAUGGGCACAAGCUUCUUCAAGGCCGAAAAGAGCGCAGACGGAUGAGUUUACUGGGAUCUCGAAGAUUUCUUGGAGAUUAUCUCGGCGUUAAUGCUGCGGCUGGACCUGGCGCACAGAUAAGGAACGCAGCUAAUAUUGGAUCAAAUGAACGGGUGAUGUUCUCUUGCCGUGGAGAAAUUUUGGAGGCAAAAUUUGGACGAUCUAGCAAGCCGAGCCCUCGCCUGAUUGUUGUCACAAAUAAUAAGUUCUACAUCAUUGCCCAGCUGCUCAUCAACGGCCAAUUUCAGAUUUCAGUCGAACGAGCUAUUCCCCUCGGUGCCAUCAAAUUCAUUGGAACGUCUACUCGUCGAGAUGAUUGGUUCUCUCUUGGAGUGGGAUCGGCCCAGGAGCCAGAUCCUUUGAUGAACUGUGUCCUCAAAACCGAAAUGUUUACUCAUAUGCAGCGAGUCAUGCCGGGAGGCUUCAAUCUCAAAAUAGGCGACGUGAUCGAGUACGCGAAGAAGCCGAACAAAUUCCAGCAGGUCAAGAUAGCCAAAGACUCUCAACAACCAAUUGACUUCUAUAAGAGUGGUACGAUCCAUACACAACAAGGAGAACCCCCUAACUCGGCAUCACGGCCAAUGCCCAAAGCCAAACCCGUACCACCCCGACCCAUCACCCGCGGUAAACUUAUCAAGCCUGGAGGCCCUGGAGGCCGGCCAUCACGGCUAACUGGUAAUCGAACUAUUCAACCAAGGCCUGGAGGAGGUCCAAGGGCGGUUCCUCAACCGCUAGCUGCAAAAACAACAGCAUCUAUCGGCGUGGCAAAUACUUCAGCUCCUGCCGCGGUCAACAAACCUCUUCCUAGUCACACGAGGAAUCAAAACAGCACCAGCGGAGGAGCAAGUCGAGCACCACCCCCGCCGCCGCCCGCCGCACCUCCCGCAAAGCCAAAGAUCAUGGCCAAAGUAUUAUAUGAUUUCAACGGCCAGCGAGAUAAUGAGCUAUCUAUCAAGGCUGGAGACAUAUUGGAGAUAGUUCAAAAAGAGAAUAAUGGUUGGUGGCUGGCAAAGAAUGACUAUGGGCAGGCUUGGGUUCCCGCUGCUUAUGUAGAGGAACAGGCAGCACCUGCCCCAAGGCCACCCCCGGCUCCUCCCGCUGCCAAGUCAAAACCAACGCCGCCGGCACCUCCGGCCAAACGUCCAGUCGCGGGACGCAAGCCAGGUGAGCUGGCCCAGCGAGAUUCCGGUCUUGGCUUGAACGGAAUCAGCGGCUCUGAGGGGAGUCGUAGUACAACGCCGACACCGAGUCUAGGGGGCAGCUUGGCUGAUGCAUUGCUAGCAAGAAAAAAUGCUAUGCAACGGGACAAAGAAGACGACGACUGGUAG